UUUUCUCUCUCACUAGCUCCACUUUCUAGGUUGGAAGAAGAGAACCAUUUUCUUAUUGAUGCCACAUUACAAAAAGCCAAGAGCCUUCGUGUCUCUCUGCAGUGAGCAACUGAAGGACCAGCCAUCAGGACUGUGAAUCCUGUGAAAUAUAAACCAUCUACCUGUCUGUUAUCUCUUUGGCUCCCUGAUACUCCCUGGCAUGGAUUGUGGAAUCCUCCAGCAUCACUGAAUUUCAUCCCUGGGACAGCAUUAUUAGUGUCCAAGAGAACAAGAAAACCAACAUGGUCUGGCACCUUGGACCUUGUGGGAACGCCCCAAAGCUUUGCUCCUAAACUGAUCUCUUUGAGAAUUUGGGAGGAAUCUGGAACAGCAGCCCAUGGUAAUCCAGGCUACAGGACCUUGCUAGGGCUAGGAAUCUCUGUCUGCUGUUCAUGGGUCUCUAGGGCUUUAUUUCCCUUUCUGUCCUUUGGCAAUGACUAGGAAGAGCAGAGGCUGCUGGUGCCUACAGCGGCUGCCUUUCUUGCUGUUUCUCAGCCUAUGCUUUUUCUGGGUAGCCCCUUCUCUGGGUAAACCCAGAGGUCAGGGUCACCCCCACAUGAACUCUAUCCGAAUUGACGGGGACAUCACUCUGGGUGGCCUGUUCCCAGUCCAUGGAAGGGGCUCCGAGGGUAAAGCCUGUGGGGAACUUAAGAAAGAGAAAGGCAUUCACCGGUUGGAGGCCAUGCUAUUUGCCCUGGACCGUAUCAAUAAUGACCCUGACCUGUUACCCAACAUCACACUGGGUGCCCGCAUCCUGGACACCUGCUCCAGGGAUACUCAUGCCCUAGAGCAGUCAUUGACUUUUGUACAGGCACUAAUUGAAAAAGAUGGCACUGAGGUGCGUUGUGUCAAUGGAGGGCCACCCAUUAUCACCAAGCCUGAGCGUGUGGUGGGCGUCAUCGGGGCCUCUGGAAGUUCAGUCUCCAUUAUGGUGGCCAACAUCCUUCGCCUCUUCAAGAUACCUCAGAUCAGCUACGCAUCCACAGCUCCUGACCUGAGUGACAACAGCCGUUAUGACUUCUUCUCCCGGGUGGUGCCCUCGGACACAUACCAGGCUCAGGCCAUGGUGGACAUCGUCCGUGCGCUCAAAUGGAACUACGUGUCCACGCUGGCCUCAGAGGGCAGCUAUGGCGAGAGCGGGGUGGAGGCCUUCAUCCAGAAGUCCCGUGAGGAUGGAGGAGUAUGUAUAGCCCAGUCAGUGAAGAUCCCCAGGGAGCCGAAGCCAGGAGAAUUUGACAAAAUCAUUCGUCGCUUGCUAGAGACCUCCAAUGCCAGGGCAGUCAUCAUCUUUGCCAAUGAGGAUGACAUCAGGCGGGUGUUGGAGGCAGCCAGGAAGGCCAAUCAGACAGGCCACUUCAUCUGGAUGGGUUCCGACAGUUGGGGCUCCAAGAUCUCACCGGUGCUGCACUUGGAAGAGGUGGCUGAAGGUGCCGUCACUAUCCUCCCCAAGAGAAUGUCUGUGAGAGGUUUCGACCGUUACUUCUCCAGCCGGACCCUGGACAACAAUCGGAGAAAUAUCUGGUUUGCUGAGUUCUGGGAAGACAACUUCCACUGUAAACUGAGUCGGCAUGCCCUGAAGAAGGGCAGUCACAUCAAAAAAUGCACUAAUCGAGAGCGCAUUGGGCAGGAUUCAUCCUAUGAGCAGGAGGGGAAGGUGCAGUUUGUGAUUGAUGCCGUCUAUGCCAUGGGCCAUGCCCUGCACGCCAUGCACCGGGACCUGUGCCCUGGCAGGGUGGGCCUCUGCCCCCGCAUGGACCCCGUGGAUGGUGUGGAGCUGCUCAAGUACAUUCGCAACGUCAAUUUUUCAGGUAUUGCUGGGACGCCCGUCACUUUCAAUGAGAACGGAGAUGCCCCCGGUCGCUAUGACAUCUACCAGUAUCAGAUUCGGAAUGCAACCCCCGAAUACAGAGUCAUCGGCUCCUGGACGGAUCACCUGCACCUCAAAAUGGAGCGCAUUCAUUGGCCAGGUGGGGGGCAGCAGCUCCCCAGCUCAAUCUGCAGCCUACCAUGCCAGCCCGGGGAACGGAAGAAGACGGUGAAGGGCAUCCCCUGCUGUUGGCACUGUGAGCCGUGUACAGGCUACCAGUUUCAGCAAGACCGCUACACCUGCAAGACCUGCCCCUAUGACAUGCGUCCCACAGAGAACCGCACAGGCUGUCAGCCCAUCCCCAUCAUCAAGCUGGAAUGGGGCUCCCCCUGGGCUGUACUUCCUCUCUUCUUGGCUGUGGUGGGCAUCGCGGCCACUCUCUUCGUGGUGGUGACCUUUGUGCGCUACAACGACACACCGAUCGUCAAGGCCUCUGGCCGGGAGCUCAGCUAUGUGUUGCUGGCUGGCAUCUUUCUCUGCUAUGCAACUACCUUCCUCAUGAUUGCUGAGCCAGACCUGGGCACCUGCUCAUUGCGCAGGGUCUUCUUGGGGCUGGGGAUGAGCAUCAGCUACGCAGCGCUGCUCACCAAGACCAAUCGCAUCUACCGUAUCUUUGAGCAGGGCAAGCGGUCAGUGAGUGCCCCUCGAUUCAUCAGCCCUGCCUCUCAACUGGCCAUCACCUUCAGCCUCAUUUCUCUACAGCUGCUGGGUAUCUGUGUCUGGUUCGUGGUGGACCCCUCCCAUUCAGUGGUUGACUUCCAGGACCAGCGGACGCUGGACCCUCGAUUCGCCCGGGGGGUCCUCAAGUGUGACAUCUCAGACCUGUCGCUUAUCUGCCUACUGGGCUAUAGUAUGCUGCUCAUGGUCACCUGUACCGUCUAUGCCAUCAAGACCCGUGGUGUGCCUGAAACCUUCAAUGAGGCCAAGCCCAUUGGCUUCACCAUGUACACCACCUGCAUCGUCUGGCUUGCCUUCAUCCCCAUCUUCUUUGGGACCUCGCAGUCAGCUGAUAAGCUGUACAUCCAGACAACAACGCUGACGGUCUCGGUGAGCCUGAGCGCCUCGGUAUCCCUGGGGAUGUUGUACAUGCCCAAGGUCUACAUCAUCCUCUUCCACCCAGAGCAGAACGUGCCCAAGCGCAAACGAAGCCUCAAGGCUGUUGUCACUGCUGCCACCAUGUCCAACAAGUUCACGCAGAAGGGGAGCUUCCGACCCAAUGGGGAGGCCAGGUCUGAGCUCUGUGACAACCUGGAGGCCCAAGCUCUGGCGACCAAACAGACCUACGUCACCUACACCAACCAUGCAAUUUAGUUGGAGCUCCUUGCAGCUGCCUGGUUCGAGGAGAAGGAGGAUGAAGAAGAGGAGGAGAGAAUGGAAACUUUGUAGAGUCUCCUGUCCAGACAGGGCUGUGAUCUCUCACUAUCUCCAGGCACCUCAGGAGUUGCCCUGACUGCCAUGGGAGCUUGGGGAGGAAGCUUGGUGCUCACAAAGCAAGAACCCCAGUGCCUGGGGGCGGCAGCAGUGCAGGCCCUGACCAGGCCAAGGGAGGGAGCAGGAGGAGGGGGGCCUGGGGAAGCUGCUAUUCUGCUCCCCUGGAUCCAGGGUUUUUGACCAACUGUCCUUCCCUGCCCCAUACCAUAGGAGGUUAUACUCAGUUGUGUCAAACCUAUUGGCUUCUCUUGUUCUCCUUCUGUUUCUGUCUUUCUUCUCUUCUCUUCUCUCUCUCCUCCCUUUUUUUCUUUUUCUCUCCCUCCCUCUUCUCUUCCUCUCCUCCCUCUCCCUCCCACUCUCUCCUCUCUCCUUCCUUUUCUUCAUCCCUAUUUCCCUCCCUCUCUUUUUUCUCUCUCCCACUCUCCCCCCUCUCUGUAUCCCUCCCUCCUUCUCUCUUCUCCCCCUCUCUCCCACGUUUUUCAUCUUUUCUCAGUCUCUUCUUCUGUCUGUCUUUUUUCUCUAUCUUUUUGUCUUUCUACCUAUCUUGAUAUUACUACCCUGCUCUGGGCCUCAGUUUCCUCCUCCAUAAAAUGAGGGGAUUAGACUCAGUGUUCAACUUACAGUCUGUGAGUCUAUGAAUUUAUAUCUUUGUGUCUGUCUUUGUUUCUGCCUGUCUUGCCUUCUCUUCUUUCUCUGCCUUCUCUCUGUCCUUCUGUCUUUGCUUCUUGAUUUCUCUCUUCUUUCCCUCCCUUUGCCUCUUUCUCUUUCUGACUUUUUGUCAGAAUGUUUUCUGACAAAUGUUUUCCUUAUGUUUUCCUCUAACCAUUCCAGACUCUUUGUGUCUAUUUUCCUUUUGCAGUUUUUGCUUUCCCUUCUUUCUUCCCCCCCCCCCCUUUCCCCUCUUUCUUUUUGGCCGUCCCUCAUUCCUUCCCUCCUUCAUUUUUGUCCCAUUUCACUCCCUCACCCCCACUUAAUAAAUCUUAUGUGUUGCAAAAAAAGAAAAAAAAACAAAAACAAAAAAAACCAAAACAAAAACAAAUCUCGAGUGUGUUGCAAAGUGCUGAGUCCUCUUGGUGGCCUCUAUUUGUGUGACCCAACCCAUGGAUUGAAGCCUGUCUGCUGUGUGUCCCGCCCGCCCGCCCGCCCACCUGACCAGUUGCCCGCUCACCCACCAACAACACAGAGUUCAGUGCCUGGAUGUUUAUGAUUAUUGAUGACAAUGUGUAGAGCAUGAUUGUUUUUAUACCAAGGACAUUUCUAAUAAAAAAAACACAUGGUUUU